CAAUAGUCCCCGGGAGGCUGGUGAUGACGUCACGUGUCGGUGCAGCGCGUUGAGGCGGGUAGUUUGAAGCCCGGAAGAGAGAAGUGCGGCGUCUGUACCGGGCUGAGGGGGGGGAGGUGACGCCGCAAUGCGUUUACAAUGGCGAUGAAACGUUCUCCUCUCGCCCCACUUCCUGGAUUGGUUGGACAACAAAUUUAAAAAAAAAAAGACUUAACCGGGUUUUCGUUACGACGUGAGAAAACAACGAAGGGAAGCAAAGAAUCGAUAUGAUGCGGGAGAACAUUCGAGGUGUCCUGCGUCUCCGCCAGGAUUGGUUGUCGUUUUCUAUUUGCAGCACUAAUGAGUGAUAAAUAUACAUUAGCACAAUGCGCAGAGGGACGGGCACGGCGGCGGGGACAUCGGCGGAGACACCCGGGACCAGUGCCAGCCUGGCCAAAAUCCUGUUUGGUGGUUUGGAGUCAAAGGAAAACGAACGGGCCAAGAAACCGCCGACCUCCAAAGUGGCCCUGGGGCCCCACAACAGCCGCAAACGUCACCGGCCGCGCUCUCUCUCCAGCUCGGGCUCUGAGAACUCCCCCAGCCCCUCGGUGUCGAAGAAAGCCGCGCUACAGAACUACAGCAAGCAUGGAAAAUCCAGAGCGUUAAACGCUACGACGUCUGCAACGCACGCGGGAGGGAACGGCGGGAAUUCUGCAGAUACCAGUGCCGCGUCUGCCGCUGAUAAGGACUACAUCCUGUUCAGUCCAGCGCAGCAGGCGUCUAUACUGGGGAAACAGAAGAGGCGGGGACCGGACACCAGUGCUAAUCUGUCUGUGUCUGUCCUGGCGCCCCCUGCUGGUCUGGACCGCACACUGCUGGAGAACAGCCUUGCUGCCACUGGUCACAGCGUUCAUAUGUCCCUUCCGGAGGAUCUGGCAGACAAGCUUCUGCUGGCUAGUUGGGGUCUUCCGGAGGCCGUCCUGGAGAAGUAUGGCCAACUGGGGGUGGUGCAGAUGUUUGAGUGGCAGGCGGAGUGCCUGAUGAUGGGACAGGUUCUCUCCGGGAAGAAUCUGGUCUAUUCUGCUCCCACAAGUGCCGGGAAGACUCUGGUGGCCGAACUGCUGAUCCUAAAGAGAGUUCUGGAGACCCGGAAGAAAGCUUUAUUCAUCCUCCCCUUUGUCUCUGUAGCCAAAGAGAAAACCUAUUACUUACAGAGCCUGUUCCAGGAGGUCGGGGUGCAGGUGGGCGGGUACAUGGGAAGCUCCUCCCCGGCCUGCGGUUUCUCAUCUCUGGACGUCGCCGUCUGCACCAUCGAGAAAGCCAACGGCCUGGUGAACCGGCUGAUAGAAGAGAACAAGAUCGACUUGUUAGGGAUGAUGGUGGUGGAUGAGUUGCACAUGUUGGGAGACUCGCACCGCGGUUAUUUGCUGGAACUUCUCCUCACCAAGGUCCGAUACGUCGCCCAGAAAAGAGCGGCCCUGAAAAAAGAUGGCAGCACCGUUCGCUCGCAGAACGAAGUUCAGAUCGUGGGGAUGAGCGCCACCCUGCCCAAUCUCGGCUUGCUGGCCUCCUGGCUCAACGCAGAGCUCUAUCACACCGAUUUCCGGCCCGUCCCGCUAAAGGAACACGUUAAAAUUGGCAGAACUGUGUUUGAUUCCACCAUGACUCCCGUGCGAGAGUUCGAGCCCCUGAUCCAGGUGAAGGGUGACGAGGAUCACAUUGCCAGCCUGUGUUAUGAGACGAUACGGGAAGGUCACGCCAUCCUGAUCUUCUGUCCCUCCAAGAACUGGUGCGAGAAGCUGGCGGACACCAUCGCCCGAGAGUUCUACAACCUCUAUCAGAGGGCCGUGCAGGAAAAGGCAGGUGGCUGUCAGGAACCCAGCUUAUCUCCAGUAGCUCUGGACAAGGACGGCAUUCAGGACGUGGUUGGUCAGUUGAAGCGUUGCCCGUCGGGAUUGGACGUCAUUCUGGGACGCACCGUGCCAUGGGGUGUGGCUUUCCAUCAUGCAGGUCUGACCUUCGAUGAGCGGGAUAUCAUAGAAGGAGCUUUCCGCCAGGGCAUUGUGCGCGUUUUGGCGGCCACCUCCACCUUGUCCUCCGGGGUGAACCUUCCCGCACGUCGGGUCAUCAUUAGAAGCCCGCUCUUCAACGGACGGCUCCUGGAUAUUCUCACUUACAAGCAGAUGUCCGGGAGAGCCGGCAGGAAGGGAGUCGAUACUGAAGGGGAGAGCAUCCUUGUGUGUAAGCCUACCGAGAGGGCGAAGGGCAUCAGUUUGCUGCAGGGGACCCUGAAGCCGGUACAGAGCUGUCUUCUGCGGAAGGAAGGGGCCGGAGUGACGGGCAGUAUGAUCCGAGCGAUCCUAGAGAUCGUAGUUGGGGGCGUGGCAGACAACCCGGAAGACGUCCGUAGUUACGCCUCCUGUACGCUCUUAGCUGCCAGUAUGAAAGAGGAACAUGAGGAUCCACAACAGGCCGACUGCGGCGCCAUAGAGGCGUGUGUAGAAUGGCUGCUAAGGAACGAGUUCAUACAGACGCUGGAGGAGGAGCGAAAUGGGGAUAAAGUGGAAAUUUAUCGUCCAACAAAGCUGGGCGCCGCCACCUUCUCCUCCUCUCUCUCGCCCUCGGAGGCUCUGGGGAUUUUCGCUGAUCUCCAGAGAGCAAUGAAGGGAUUCGUACUGGAGAAUGAUCUGCACAUCCUCUAUGUGGUCACUCCGGUAUAUGAAGAAUGGGCCACCAUUGACUGGUACCAGUUCUUCUGCCUGUGGGAGAAGCUUCCCGUGUCCAUGAAGCGAGUAGCGGAGCUGGUGGGCAUCGAGGAAGGCUUCCUAGCUCGCUCCGUGAAGGGGAAAAUCGUCGCCAAAAAUGACCGCCAGCAACGACAGAUCGCAAUUCAUAAAAGGUUCUACACAAGUCUGGUCCUCCUGGAAUUGAUCAGCGAGGUGUCGCUGUCAGAGCUGACAAAGAAGUAUGGCUGCAGCCGAGGGCAGCUUCAGUCCCUGCAACAGUCUGCGGCCACCUAUGCAGGUAUAGUGACGGUGUUCUGCAGUCGCCUGGGUUGGCACAACAUGGAGCUCCUGCUGUCGCAGUUUCAGAGCCGCCUGACAUUUGGCGUGCAGCGCGAGCUCUGCGAUUUGGUCCGGUUGGACCUAUUGAACGCUCAGCGGGCCCGAGCUCUUUAUACCGCCGGCUUCAUUACCAUCAGCGAGUUGGCCAGAGGGAACGUUACUGACGUGGAGGCAGCAUUGAAGAACGCUGUGCCCUUUAAAAGUGUCCGCAAAGCGGUGGAUGAAGACGAAGAUGCGGCUCAGGAGCGCCGGGCAGCUCGGUGUAUCUGGAUAUCUGGGAAGAAGGGGUUGACUGAGAGGGAAGCGGCUGAGCUGAUUGUGAUGGAGGCCCGAAAACUCCUGAAAGAAGACCUGGCAGGGAUGGGGAUUCAGUGGGAUCCCAACGGAAGCGGCGAUUCCUCGUUCACCUCUUCUGGAACAUCUCUGGACAAAAGCAGCCGUUCUUCCCCGAAACGAGAAGACAGGUCAGAUAAGGCCUCAAAGUCAACCAGGGAAACGUCACAGAAUAAUCCCCUUCCACCUGUGGGAGAGGGCAAACGCACUGCAGAUCCUGAGAAGUCUGUGCUUCUCGAGAGACGGGAGGCAACCACGUCGUCAAACACUACACAUUUACAAAACUCUGUCCAGAGUACGACCAAGGAGAAGGCAACCAUCCCCACCAAGAAUGAGAGGCUUGUGCGCCAGGACAACGAGUUGUCCACUGAACCCCCAAUAACCGAUAAUAUUCAAGAACAUUUGUCAAAUGUUUCCAGUGAAACAAAACCCAAGGCAAGAAACGCAACAUCUAUGGCUUUGCCAAUUGCUCAUAAUAUUCCAGAACAUUUGUCAAAUGUUUCCAGUGAAACAAAACCCAAGGCAAGAAACGCAACAUCUAUGGCUUUGCCAAUUGCUGAUAAUAUUCCAGAACAUUUGUCAAAUGUUUCCAGUGAAACAAAACCCAAGGCAAGAAACGCAACAUCUAUGGCUUUGCCAAUUGCUGAUAAUAUUCCAGAACAUUUGUCAAAUGUUUCCAGUGAAACAAAACCCAAGGCAAGAAACGCAACAUCUAUGGCUUUGCCAAUUGCUCAUAAUAUUCCAGAACAUUUGUCAAAUGUUUCCAGAGAAACAAAACCCAAAACAAGAAACACAACAUCGAUGGCUUCACCAAAAAUGAAGGAUGAAGUGGCCAAUAAAUCAAGAGGGUCAGGAGGCUCUUUAGUUAGUAUUAACCCCAACAAAAAUGUUCUACAAUGUGACACAGUAAUGAAAGAGACUGCUGGAGAGAAAAAGACCACCUUGCAGUUUUCUGAAAUAAAAGAUAUACAAGGAGAACUCCCUGACAUAGAAAUAGCAAGAACGGCGAACACAUCAACCCCAGCUCCCGUUCUGCCCGCAGACACGCUCCAGGAACAUCCAUCUGUUUUUGGAUCAUUUCACCACAAACAAAAUCAGAUGAAUGGCCCUUGUAGACAAACCGAGCCAGCUUCUGAGGUUGCAGAGACAAAACCCGUCCCGUGUUACCCCGGAGACGUCCGCUCUCCGGAUUUCUGUGUGGCAUCGAGGACCUUUGAGGACAGCUUUCAGCUGGACACUCAGACCGAGAAGAUAAUGCAGCAGCAGCAGGUGGCAUCUGAAUCGGAGCAGGAACAGCGAGACGGAGAUUCAAAGCUGGCAGCGGAGCUGUCAAACCAGAACUCCGACACGCAAAGCCUGGCAGCUAUUGAGCUUGUUAGAGAGGAAACACAUGUUGACGUUGGAGAUCCAAGAGAAGAACAAAUAACCCAUUUAAGUCAGGUGACCGUGAAUGCUGUACAGAAUGUUUUAAAUCGCUCAGAUAAGCCUGAAUUGAUCUCUGAAGGGCCGGAAACGCAAGCACAGUUAAAGACUUCUGAGAAAUUCUCAUGGUUGAAAGGGAAUGAUGUUUCUCUCACCGACACACAGCUCCAGAGCCUUUUCCAGACUUUGCGUACCCAACCUAGAGAAGAGAACGGUUCACCACAAAACCUUGCCGAGACACAGAACUGUGUUGCCCCAGAAGACGAAGGUUUGCCACGUAAUCAAGUUGCAGAAACCAGCCUGAACAUGAGCGACAGUUUUCUAUUCGACAGCUUUAUUGAAGAUCUGGGCCCCGCCCCUAAGUUAGAGGAACCCACCGUGAACCCAGCAAGUGGAAGUGAUAAAGAACCAGAGACUAUUGUUGAGCUCAGUCUACCUAUCGACGACUUGAUAGAAGAGCAGGACGAACCCAUGAAAAGUGAAGAAGGAUCAAUUUCAUUCUCUCAGCUUGACUCAUUCCAGAUGGUGGAGGUUCUGGAUAAUGCCGAACUUCCUGUUUCAGAGAGUCAAGAUAAAAAUGAAAUUCCCCAUUGCCCAGAUCCGUUACCAUGUGAGAAUCUUGAAAAGAGUUUUAAAAUACGAGAGAGAACGGUUGCCAUAAGAAAUCAGGAGUGGUCAGAUCUCUCGUUUAACUUUACACAAGGGAUGCAAGAGCUUCUGGAUCAGUGCUCAAGUCCUGCAAGCAAUCACAAGUUCCACAAUCUACACAUGACUCAACCACAACAGGUCAUUGAUGAUCCUUGUGUAAAAGAGAUCUACCCAAAAAGGGAGAAACCAACGAUGGGUCUAGAAGCUGAAGACCUCCCUCACUCUCCAUCUGUUGACCCUUGUUUUCUUGCUGCUGCUAACUCCACUCCUAAUGUUGCAUCAGAAAGUGAAGAAAAACCCAACUCCAGGCCGGAAAGUCGAAAUGACCUUAUUCCUCCAACGCCGCCCAGUGCGUCCACAUCAGGAAUGAUGAUAGGGAUGUCUUGUGUGAAAUCUAGAACUAGAGAUCAGCUUGGUCAAAGCAUGAUCUUCCCUUCUCUGGACGCAGAAGAGGAGACAUUCUUGGGGUCACAGAGUGAAGUUGAGGAGUGCAUGGACGUUGCUGAGGGGGAACAGGGUUUGGAUGAAGGUUUCUCUCUGCAGUUAUCCCAGGACUCUGUUCCCCUCCCGCCAUCCAGUUUAGAGGAAUUUAGCAUCAUUGAUGUGGCCAGCGACCAGAAUCUCUUUCACAUUUUUCUGAAGGAGUGGCGGAACCAGAAGACCUUUUCUCUGGCUGUGGCCUGUGAGAAGAGGACACAACCAGCAUCUUCCCGGAACUGUAUCGGAGGCAGGUUUAAGCCAGCUCAGUCAUCGAGGCAGAUACCAGCCAAGGAAGACGGCCUACCCAUCCAGGGCUGGGAUGACGUCCUGCUGGUCGGUGUGGCUGUGUGUUGGGGUGGGAAGGAUGCUUAUUACCUGUCCUUACAGCGAGAGCAGGAUCAGUCAGACAUUAGCGCCAGCCUGGCUCCUCCUCCCCUGGAUCAGAACCUCUCCGUGAAGGACCGCCUCUGGCACGUGCAGUCCACAUUGCAGCAGAAAGAAGCUCAAAGAACGGUCAUCAUGUAUAACUUCAUCGAGCAAUACAAGGCCCUCGUCCUGGGCUGCCAUGCCUCCGUCACGGGACACUUCCAGGACCCAAAGGUGGCCUGCUGGUUGCUGGAUCCCGGCUCCAAGGAACGAACCAUUCACAACAUGGUGGCAAAUUUCCUGCCACAUGAGCUCCCCCUGCUUGACGGAGUUGGAACUGGCCAAGGAGUUCAGAGCCUGGGACUCUGCGCUGAUGGCGACCAGUCUGGGCGCUACAGGGCGGCCAUAGAAUCCGUUCUCGUCUUCAACAUCAUGGCCAAGCUGAACGGGCUGUUAGAAAGAGAGAAGGUACAAGAUGUAUUCCGUAAUGUGGAGAUGCCCUCCCACUACUGCCUGGCCCUCCUGGAGCUCAACGGUAUCGGAUUCAGUACAGAGGAAUGCGAGACCCAGAAACACGUCAUGCAGGCCAAGCUAAAUGAGAUUGAGGCUGAGGCCUACCAAUUGGCCGGACACUGCUUCUCACUGACCAGUCCGGAUGACGUCGCUCAGGUCCUCUUCAUCGAGCUUAAACUCCCUCCCAACGGGGACGUGAAAGGUCAGGGGAACAAGAAAACUCUGGGCUAUACCAGGAGAGCGGCCAUCAAUGGAAACCGAAUCCGACUCAGCAAGCAAUUCAGCACUGUAAAGGACGUUCUAGAGAAGUUGAAGCCUCUCCACCCUCUUCCUGGUCUCAUCCUGGAAUGGAAGAGAAUCACCAACGCCAUAACCAAAGUCGUCUUUCCACUACAGAGAGAGAAGAGCUAUAGCCAGACACUGGACAUGGAGCGAAUCUACCCCGCCUCCCAAACACACACUGCUACAGGUCGGGUGAGCUUCACAGAGCCAAAUAUCCAGAAUGUUCCAAAGGAUUUUGAAAUUGAAAUGCCCCGAUUGGUUGAAGAGAGCCCUCCAUCCCAGGACCCGGGGCCCUCCAAUCUAUCAAAGAACCGGAGUAAGAAGAAAAAGUUUGCAUUACCAAAACUCCAGGCAGAUCAGAUCCCAGCGGAGAAGGGGGUGUCGUUCUUCGUCAGCAUGCGACACGCCUUCAUCCCGUUCUCAGGUGGUUUGAUCCUGGGGGCAGAUUACUCCCAGCUGGAGCUGAGGAUCCUGGCUCACUUAUCUCGGGAUCGGCGGCUUGUACAGGUGCUGAAUGGCGGAAUGGAUGUCUUCCGGAGCAUCGCCGCUGAAUGGAAGAUGGUUGACCCCAACACUGUCACUGACAACAUGAGACAGCAAGCCAAACAGAUUUGUUAUGGAAUCAUCUAUGGAAUGGGAGCAAAGUCCCUGGGGGAACAGAUGGGGAUCGAUGAAAAUGACGCCGCCUCAUACAUCGAAUCCUUCAAGGCCAGAUACAGCGGGAUUCGGAGGUUCCUGAAGGAGACGGUGAAGAACUGCACCAGCAAUGGUUUCGUACAGACCAUCCUAGGACGCCGCAGGUACCUGCCUGCCAUCAAAGACUCGAAUCACCACGCCAGGGCCCAUGCGGAGCGACAAGCGGUGAACACGACGGUCCAGGGAUCAGCCGCCGACAUUGUCAAAACCGCCACUGUGAACAUCCAGAAACGACUGGAAGCCGCUUUUCCUUCAGUACCCAAAUCGCACCGACACCGCGUGCAAUCGCGACCUACAGAGCGAUCGGAGAGGAGAGGGAAUUCCUCGCCUCCAUCCCGCGGGGCGUUCUUCAUCCUGCAGCUUCACGACGAGCUCCUGUAUGAAGUGGCCGAGGAUGAUGUCAUUCAGGUGGCGCAGAUCAUUAAGAGUGAGAUGGAGAACGCGGUGAAGUUAUCGGUCACUCUGAAGGUAAAGGUGAAGUUUGGCCCCAGCUGGGGGGAUCUGCAGGACUUCGACCUGUAGGGGGCGCUCUCUCCCGGAUUCGGUUACCUGAAGAUAAAUUGAUUGGCUGCUGGACCGCGAAAAGGACAUUUAUUUUUACAGAUGCCAAUUUGUGAUUUUGCACAGGAGAUGUUGGUCUCUGGAUACUUGUAGAUAGUAAUGAAAUAUUUCUCUAUGUGGAAUAAUAUAUACUUUUUAAACAUUUUUUAAGCUCUGUAGCUCAUCCCCGAUUGGAUGUGAUGAAUGAAUUAUUAUAUAUCUAUCAGAAUACAUUAAACGCUGUAUAUUUUCAUAA